GGAAAGCGUCCGGACUGGAAGGGGGGGAAAGCGUCCGGACUGGAAGGGGGGGAAAGCGUCCGGACUGGAAGGGGGGGAAAGCGUCCGGACUGGAAGGGGGGGAAAGCGUCCGGACUGGAAGGGGGGGAAAGCGUCCGGACUGGAAGGGGGGGAAAGCGUCCGGACUGGAAGGGGGGGAAAGCGUCCGGACUGGAAGGGGGGGAAAGCGUCCGGACUGGAAGGGGGGGAAAGCGUCCGGACUGGAAGGGGGGGAAAGCGUCCGGACUGGAAGGGGGGGAAAGCGUCCGGACUGGAAGGGGGGGAAAGCGUCCGGACUGGAAGGGGGGGAAAGCGUCCGGACUGGAAGGGGGGGAAAGCGUCCGGACUGGAAGGGGGGGAAAGCGUCCGGACUGGAAGGGGGGAAAGCGUCCGGACUGGAAGGGGGGGAAAGCGUCCGGACUGGAAGGGGGGGAAAGCGUCCGGACUGGAAGGGGGGGAAAGCGUCCGGACUGGAAGGGGGGUGAAAGCGUCCGGACUGGAAGGGGGGUGAAAGCGUCCGGACUGGAAGGGGGGGAAAGUGUCCGG